UGCUCCCUGCGGCCGGGGCGGAGUGAAGCGGACGGCGGCUGCCAUUCCUCGGCUGCGCGGCCGCCUCCUCCCCCUCCGCCUCUUCCUGGCCGCGGCGAGAGCUGUGCUGGCAGCGGGGAGGCGGCGGCCAGCUCCCUGCCCGCCAUGGCUAUCCGCAAGAAAAGCAACAAGAACCCGCCGGUGCUGAGCCACGAGUUCAUCGUGCAGAACCAUGCGGACAUCGUGUCCUGCAUGGCCAUCAUCUUCCUGCUGGGGCUCAUGUUCGAGAUUACAGCAAAAGCAGCUGUCAUUUUUGUUACACUUCAGUAUAAUGUUACCAUUCCUGCCACAGAACAAUCUGCAGAAACAAUCUCUCUCUAUCACUAUGGCAUCAAAGACUUGGCUACAAUUUUCUUCUACAUGCUUGUAGCAAUAAUCAUACAUGCUAUAAUUCAGGAGUACAUACUGGAUAAAAUUAACAGGAAAAUGCACUUUUCAAAAACAAAGCAUAGCAAGUUCAAUGAGUCUGGGCAACUUAGUGCAUUCUACCUUUUCUCCUGUGUUUGGGGAACAAGUAUUCUUGUCUCUGAGAACUAUAUAUCAGAUCCAACUUCUCUGUGGAGGGACUACCCGCACACUCUGAUUCCGUUUCAAAUGAAGUUUUUCUACAUCUUACAGUUGGCAUACUGGUUUCAUGCUUUUCCAGAAUUGUACUUCCAGAAAACUAAAAAAGAAGAUAUCUUUCGCCAGAUUGUCUACAUUGGACUUUAUCUAUUCCAUAUUGCGGGAGCCUAUCUCCUGAAUCUGACCCAUCUUGGACUUGUUCUUCUGGUAUUGCAUUACUUUGUUGAAUUUCUUUUCCACAUAUCCCGUCUUUUCUACUUCAGUGAUGAAAGGUACCAGAAAGGAUUUUCACUCUGGGCAGUUCUUUUUGUUUUGGGAAGGCUUCUCACCUUGAUUCUCUCAGUCCUCACUUUUGGCUUUGGACUGGCAAGAGCAGAAGAUCAGCAGCUGAAUUUCAGUACUGGAAACUUUAAUAUCCUGGCUGUCAGAAUCAGUGUGCUGGCCUCCAUCUGCAUGGCUCAAGCAUUUAUGAUGUGGAAGUUCAUUAAUUUCCAGCUUCGGAGGUGGAGAGAGCAUUCUUCUUCUCAGCCUCAGUCAGUGAAAAAGAAGUUCGUAUCAGCUAAAGGAAAGAGCUCCAGAAAAGAAAGAGAAAAUGGAAUAAAUGGAACAGUGACCUCAAAUGGAGCAGACUCGCCUCGUAGCAGGAAGGAUAAAUCCUCGUAAAACUGGGUUUUAUUAAGUUAAUUGACUAAUGUCCCCAAAGAAUCUGCUUUUUACAUGGAUGGCCCUUCAGCGCUAGAGAUGUUAUGGAUUAAAGGAAAUACAGUUCAUGUUUUUUGAUUAUUGCUGUUGUUUUGAGAAACUUUUUUUAGAAGCCAUUUUGACUAAGGAAAAAGGGUUUAUCUGUCUUCAAAUACUUGUGGGGGGGAAUACAACACUUUUUAAAUAACAUUGACACUUUUUUAAACAUUUAUUGUGAUGAAAUAACUUCACUUAAUGAGGAUCACUGUUGCAAUGUAUUAUUUCCUUCCAGUUUUUGUAAUCUUGGUGAUAUAUGCUGUUCUACCAACUUCACUUUUUCCAAGUUCUUCAAGAAGUAUUGCAAGGUUGAAGUAAAAACUCAAUAUGCAUUUUCAGAUACUCUGGCUUUUCAGUUAAUUGCCUUGAUUCAAAUUUACAGUUCAAAUUGGGAUUCUGAGACCACACCAAUAAACCUCUAUUUUGUAGUUAUUGGCUACAUAAUGUCUGCUCUAAGAAUUGCCCCAUAUCAUUAAAACAAAGCUGAACUAAUUGGAAAUGUUGCAGAGUCUUAUUGUUUGUUGGUUAGAAAUCUGUUACAAGGAACAAAAAAACUUUCUUGAGAUGUAGGUUUAGCACUUGAAAAAUAGAAGGAAGUGUGUAUGGUCAUAGAAAGAGUUGAUUUGGGUAGCACUGUUUACUCCUGUGUUUUUGAAGUGUACGUAUCUUGCAGAAUUAGUGUGUGUUGGACCUUCUUUGAAAACUUGUCUGUCUGAUUUUAGAGGGUGGCAGUUCUUACCGUGUGUUGUGUUUGUUUUAGGAGGCAUUUAAGGCUCCACGAAGAGGAAAAUUUAGAUAAAUGGGUGAAGUUAUGAGAAACAUUCCUUUAUUCUACCUGCUUUGCUUUGUUUCACUGCUGUUAGGAAAUAGCUUGAUUUCUCCUAUAUAUAUAUAUAUUUUUAUGAAAAAAUAUUUAAAAGCUACAGCUUCUGAAAACUGAUUUAUUGUGCCCUUUACUACAACUGGAAAAAUCUUAAUUUAAGAAUUUUUCCAUUAUCUGUCUCUCAUAAUUGUAUUCAACGUGAAGAUUUCUCCGGUCUAUUUUCCAGUUUAAGAUGCAGUUAAUGUUUUCUCUGUACCAUUUCACUUGAGAAUGAGUUAGAGAUUUAAUUCAGUCUUAAGAAGUUGCUAAAUUAAUCUUGCAAGUCAACCCAAGUAUUGGACUGCUUAUUGAUUGAGAGCGGUAAUUAUGAGCCAUGAAGCUGAUAAAUAAAAUAGUUUUAAUUAAAAACUGUUACUAUAGCUGAGUUUAUACCCGAGAAAAUAAUAAAUCUACAUUCUGUAUCUUCUACAGUUUGGUUGCUUAGUAUACAGAAUAAAUGUUUCUAGUACAAAAUCUUCACUGCAAGGAACUAUCCAUUCUUCAAUUGUUGAGUGCUCUUUAGAGUUAUUGCAGUAUAACUUAUUAGAUGUUUGGGGUAAUUUUAAUCGCAGUUCUUGAGUACUUGCUUCACAGCUUCUUAGUGGAUUUGACAGAACUGGACUUGCUUAGCUUGAGAACCCUGGGGCAGCACACCCUGUAAUACACCCAGGCUGCUCCAGUGGCAGUAGCUAAACCAUGUCUUGAUUUGAAUAAAUAAAACUCAAGUGGUGAAACUGAAUCUCUCUGAUCUGGCCACAAAACUGGAAAAUUGGAACUCGAAAAUGUUGAGGGAAGUGAAUAUCUGUUACAUACUCACUGCACAAAAUCAUGUUUCAUAUCUUAUGUUUCUAAAAAGACCUUCAUGGAUUUUGUGUGCCUUGCUCUCAAUUUGAACCUUAAGCCAAAAGGGGCAAAUUUUUAAAGUUUCUACUCUGUUACUUUGACUUUAAAUCAGUUUGCUUGUAAUAUCUGGUAGUACUGACGUUGUCAAAAUCACAAAGGAUGGAGGAACAAAUUAUGAAGGGAGCGUUUAAGGUACUGCUUGAGAUCUUUAAGACCUUUCAGAGUCCAAGGGUUGUAAUAAUUGUUUCCCAAAGGCAAACUGUUUCUUGUGAACCUCACUCUUUGGCACAGUAGUCUUGAAAUUUAAACUUCUAAAAACUUCAAAAGAGUGAAUUCUUGCCUGCUAAUACUAAUGUUGCUUUUUGUCUCCUUUUGGCCUUACAGACGUUCUUGGCCUUUGGACUUUUAAAAAAGCACUUUUUUUUCCACUUUGACUUAAUCUUCAUCCUUGCCUUAUGGGAAUUGUUGCUUUCUGCCCGGUAAUAGAGAAUAAUUUCAGUUGUUCUAGAAUUCGGGUAGAGUAUUGGAAGCCAGGGUCUCUUGUGUUAUAAUUAAAAAUACUUAUUUAUAAUUUUGGAUCAGGCAAAAGCAGUAACUUUUAAUUUGCUACUGUGGGGUGGACACCCCCAUUGAUUUAGAAGAUUUUGAGAUUCUGUUUCCAGUUUGAUGUUGUUUUGACAUAAGAUUCUUCUUUGCCUGGAUAACUUCUUUUGAAUUGCUUAAAACUGUUUUUUCAAAUGUUAUUGCAUUUUGGCUCUUUGUGAUCUGGGAUUCAGUAAGCUGGAAGAACAUCAGCUGUCUAAUCGUGUUUUCUUCGUUAUGAAAUGAGAAAAAUUAGAAAUGGAAAUGACCAAAGAGAUCAUGAUUAUGUUCCUAUGCCUAACAAAAUUUUUGCUUAAGCUGUAAUAAUUUAUUGUGCUCAGUUACCACGUCCCACAAAGAGGCGGCUUUGUCCACUUAGAUGGAUUUGAAUUGAGUAAUUCAUAGAGACUGUGAAUAAGGUUCGUUGGGUUUGUUUUUUGUUUAAUUUUGUUUUAGUUUGUUUUUGUUGGGUUUGUUGUUUGUUUGUUUUUUUUCAAUAUAUUAAACUCCCUCCUCCCUGUCCCAUCUUGUCAGAACUUUCCAAGACUUAAAAUAAAUUACUUCAAGCCUUUCCCCCCCCCAAAAUGUAUGUUUGGUUUACAUGCCAGAAUUUACUAUCAAAACCAGUGUUUUACUUUUACUAAGUAAUUAUAUGUGACUUCAAUGUAUAAACAAGGAACGCACAGCAGCUGAAAAUAAUUUUCAGAGUUUUUGUUUUUAUCUCAACACUUUCUCCUCUUGAGUGGUUGCAGAGAUUGAUUUCUCCUGUGUGAAUUAUUUGUGAACUUGGCUCUUUGGAAAUACUGCUUUGCAGGUGAUCCCAUCCCCAAAUCUGGGAAUGAUCAAGGAUUUGCUAUGAAGAGAAAAUACAUAGGUUAUUUCUGCUGAUGUUAGAAUAUACUGAAAGUAAAUUAAGUAUGGUGGGAUAAUGCAUUUAGAAAAUCAGUAGUUUUUUGUAAGCAUUUGAUAUUUUUCCUGAAUACCUUUUCAUUUGAAAAUUUUAGUUGUGUUUAUGGAGUCACAUUACCCAGAAUUGUAAUAACCAGUGUGGUACUUUGGUACAAGUAUUCAGACUUCUGUAAAAAGGGUUAACACACAUCUACAGUCCUUCUGCUCUUUGCAGAUUUCUGAUGAACUGCACCUGAGAUAAUUUUGUCAGAGGCAAAAUUUCAUAUUAAAGAGAGCAUUUUCACGCUUAUGCCAUGCUGAAAGUGAUGUAGGUUGCUGCCAAAACUGGGUUUCUGUCCCUUGCUUUGUCUAGCCCAAGCCUUUCUGGUUGCAUGGUGAGCUAGAUCUGGGAGAUGGUGCAGCUGAAAAACAGCUUGUUUAUGAAGUUGUUUUUCCUCCUGGAUUCAUUGCGUGAUAGUAAUUCUGGAGGUACACAAGUAUUUAUGUACAAGCAAGAAGAAAAGGUGCAGGGAAAAGGCCAGUCAAGCUCUAAGGCAGCUACCUUGUUCGACUGUGCCCUUGGUUGAAAAUUAUACUCUAUUACAGUAUGAGUUGAAAGAUCUCAUUGGAAGCCUUCCCCUCAUCAAUACCAGACGGGAGAUGGUCUCUCUGGUAGUUCCUAUAUGCCAAAUAUUUGGAGUCUUAAUGGAUUUUUGUCAUAUAUUGUGGAGGAAGGGGAGAUACUUGAUAUGCUUUACUGUACUGGGAUAGAUACCUUUUGUCUGACAUUGUUUCGGGGUUUCCAAGCAGUGCAAGAUGAUACUGGUGGUGUAGAUACAGGAAUUCUUAACAGCCGGGAAACUACAGGCUUUUUGCUUUUUUGGUGUGGGAUGAUUUUUUGUCCACAUUAACCCCUUAUGUGUUGAAGUAGGUCCAGGUCUUCUAGACUGUAGGCCUGCCUAGGUAUGUGGAGGGAAAGUUUGUUUGGUUUCUCUAAUUUUGUUUCCCUGUUUUCAAGAAGUUCACCAGCUGUUUCCAAGGUCAUACUUGGGUUUGAUUCCAUUUGUGACUCAGCCCUUUGGACCUGUCUUACAGAAGAUGGAGACUGGCAGCUUCAAUAGGCUCCCUGUGAAGUGUUGGUCAUUGCUGUCCUAAUUGUUCUCUAUGGAAAAUGUCAGUAUUGAACAGACUUGAACAGUAAAUAGGGACAAUCGUAGUAUUUGUAACAUCAGGCCGGUGAGAGCCUGUGUAGAGAUCCUGCGUUCUAGGGAGCUGUGGUUUGGUGCCUGGAGGCUGUAGUAAUAGUCAUCUUGUCACACAAAUACUUGGGUUACCUCUUGCUCAGGGUAUUCAAAUGUCCUAUGAAAUUAAGGUGUGGGGAAAAUGUAGGAGAUCCUUUAAAAAGAAUAAGAUGCUUCAAAGGGCUGACAUUAGUUAUGUGUUCAUCAUAUUGUCAGUUCUCACGCUGUCAGUUGUGGAUUAUCCUUAGAGCACUGCAUCUGUCCAUGCUUGUGUUUUGGGGAUUUAUUUUUUUUUUAAUAUAUAUAUAUUAUAGGUUGUGGUGGUGGAUGUCUGGCAGGUAUCCCCUCUUCUCAUUGCUCCCUGAACUACUCAGCUUAGGAUCUGAUAAGCCUAGUUCUUUACUCUUUAAGGAAUUUGUUGUGCUCUUCAGAACUAAAAGAGAAGCAAUGCAGGAGCGUUUCUGGAUCAGACAUGCAAGAAAUAAGCACAUUGAUAUGUUGGGCAUCAUCAGAACCCACUUAAUGGGAACCAAAACUCUUUCAGAUGAAUACAUUACGGUACAACUUGCGUUGCAAUGUCAUGUUUGGAUACAGCUCAUGCCCAGAUAGCAAGUGCCUUUGUGGGUGGAGCAGAACUUCUAUUGGCAUCUACAGUUGUCAGUUCUCCUUGUGCGAACGCUGGUGAGGAGCGCUGGGCUGCUGCUGCAGUCGGCCUCCUUUUGCCUUUCAGAGAAGUUCUUUUGACGUUCACAAGACAAAAGGCAACAAUUCUCAUUUCAGGUUUAAAAAAAAAAAAAAAACAUGCUACCUAGUUUUGAAUCCAAUACACUUGCUCUUGAUCUCCGUCUAUGUGUCCUGUCACUUUUAUUUUAGGUUUCCACAAAAUAUUUUUAUCCAGCUCAAGGAUGGCAAGUCUGUGAUGUGAGUGCCAGAAAUGACAAGUCCUUUUUCUUCUUUUUUGUGUUUGAAACUCUUUGCAGAAUCAGAGCAGCUAAAGUGUAGCUCUAUAAUUUGAUAGCUUUUCAGUAUUUGUUCUUGCUCCUUAUUUAUUGUGGUUAACAUCAAAGGUCAGGCAUUAUCAUGCACCACAACACAGUUGUCACUUCAUUCCAUGCACAAGGGUUAGGCAAUUUGAUAUCCUGAAGUAAAAAAAUGUAUUAGUAAGUCUUGACUGCUGUAGCAGAAACUAGUAUUUCUGGAUGGUGGUGUAUUUAGGAAACUGAGUACUUAAGAUCUCUGAAUCUCUAGACUGUAGCUUUGCUGUAUAAAACUUGACAAAUGAUGGUCUAGCACCUGAUCUUUGUCUUCUUACUUUGGUUAUAUAUGUUGAAGAAUAUAUCUUGUAUUGUAAUUAACUGGUAAAAAUUCAGCCCAUGAUGAGAAGAAUACUGUAACGGGGCAGGAAUUUCAACUCUUAAACUCCAAACUAAAAGCCAAGCCAAAACUAUCUUGUGUUCUCACGCAGGUGAUUCCUCCUCUUUGUUUCUUGAUUAAUCAUUAUCUUUGUUUUGGUUUAGAUUGUAAGUUCUUUGUGACAAGGGUUGUCUUUUGUGUGUGUGCGUGUGUAUGCGCACGUGUGUGUACCCAGGGCAGUAAGGCCUGGAGCCCCGGUCUGUGGAAGCUGUAAUAAGCAAUCACCUUGUUAUUGUUUUCCUGGAUAUCAUAAUAAAGAGUAUCGAAUGAAAA